AUGACAAUUCUGUUGCUGCAACUUGCUGUUACAUUGAUGACAUUGGCUUUUGUGAAGGGAAUUAGUAUUCUCAAGCUUGUUUCCUUCUUGAUCUGUUGGAAUGUGACUGGUCUCAAUAUGCUCAAGUUCUCAAACACUGAGUGGGUCUUCUGUGUGCUUGUAUGUGCUUGCUUCACUGUGUUAAAUUACAACUCUUUAAGUAUUGGCAUAUUCAAGUUUGCCAAAGAAGAUAUUUUACUGCAACCCUAUUGGGAAUUUAUCAUGUGGCCAUUCUACACUUUACACACUCUUCGAGUGAUAAAAGCCAUUCUCCCAUCAAAGGAUGAAGAAGCUGAUAAGCCUUCCAUAUUUUCAGAAACCAAUCGUUCAGACUUGCUUUUCAACCUUGUUGCUGCUUUGCUCAUGUCUUGUCUGUUUGGUGUAAUCAGAGAUUCAUCUACUCUUUUCAUUACCUCAUCGUUGUUGCUCUCACUUAUCUUGAUCAAGUUCCACUCUGUACAUGAUGUGGCACAUGUUGUUUACAUGCAAUUAUUAGGUUACCUCAUCGAAAUCACUGGUGUAUUGAGUGGAGAGUGGCAUUAUCCAUCGAACCCAAUUGGAAGAAUUCCUCUCUGGUUUUUGACAAUGUGGGGAAGUGUUGGAUUCUUCUCUUAUAAAUUGGUUUAUCCAAUUAUUGCAGAAUUAACAAAACCAAAGAAGUGA